CGUUCGGAUCAGUUUCAUACAUAUUGUUCCCCGAGUUUCUUCUGUUGGUAUGUCAGGUUGCCUGUCAAACAUCCAUUAAAUGUGAUGACACAUUUUUCUCGUUUGAAGAGUUGCUACUCUGGAGCACAGAAGACGCACAUGAUUGGCAAUCACUGAAUCAUCAGACAGCAAACAAUGAACAUAAUGUCCAGAAAAAAGCGUUACAGGUUUCAAGUAGAAUUUUGUGUCCUGGAACUUGAGCAUGUGCCUCUGGUCAAUCAACUUGUUUACACCAAAGUCCGACUAUUGGAUGGAGGAGCAUUUGUCAAGCAGUCUGAGAAUUUAUUAUUUUUUGUGCUACAGGAGUUACGUGGAGGCAAAUCAUAUGAAAAGCUUGGAUUUGCUGAUAUAAAUUUGGCUGAAUUUGCUGGUUCUGGAGGAGAUCAUCGUUAUCUCCUGCAGGCAUACGACACCAAACACAGGCUUCUCAACUCCACUCUCACAGUCUCAGUCCAUAUGACUAUCCUCUGUGGCGAUCCUUGCUUCAAGGCGAAAGAGAGAAGCGGGAUUACAAGCUCUGGUAGCAGUGGCACUGUAGGGGCCUCCAGUAACAUAGGCGUAGAAACGAGCCUUCUCAGCAAAGAUGAUUCUUUGAACUUCUGGCCGGUGCCUGCAGUACCUGACGUUCCUCCUGCUGCUCAAGGCUCUCAUGCUUCUCUCACAUCAUCAGGCUAUAAUUCUUUAAAUAAGAAGUCUAAAGAUGAGAGUGAGAACCCCUCCUCAAUCGCAGUCGUUAGUGCCGUGGAUCAGGUCGGUCACACCCGCAACUCCUCCAACACAAGCCACCAGUCGCAGGCCUCAGGCUAUGCAUCAGAAAAUAGCGGCCACAACAGGAGUAAUAGCCUGGGGUCACCGGAAUGCGUGAGCGAAGCACUGCCCCACCUAUCAGCAUCAGGGCGCCUCAUCAAAGCUUCAACUGGUGACAUCACCAAAGAAAGUCGUGUGGAAGCCACCCGCGUCGACGCUGACGACAUCAUCAACCAGAUAUUUCAAAAAUCUAUACCUGAGCAGCAGCUCUGUGAGAGCAACAAUGACUCACAAGAUGAGCCUGGCCUGCAGUUGUAUCUUGGCGUAGACGGGAAGCCCACGGUUGACAGCCGAGGCCGAGCCAACAGCGCUGUCUUCCAGCCUGUGGUUGUGCACAAGAGAUAUUUCAUCAAGUUUGAUGCUGAUUGGAGUAAUAGCCUGGGGUCACCGGUAUGCGUGAGCGAAGCACUGCCCCACCUAUCAGCAUCAGGGCGCCUCAUCAAAGCUUCAACUGGUGACAUCACCAAAGAAAGUCGUGUGGAAGCCACCCGCGUCGACGCUGACGACAUCAUCAACCAGAUAUUUCAAAAAUCUAUACCUGAGCAGCAGCUCUGUGAGAGCAACAAUGACUCACAAGAUGAGCCUGGCCUGCAGUUGUAUCUUGGCGUAGACGGGAAGCCCACGGUUGACAGCCGAGGCCGAGCCAACAGCGCUGUCUUCCAGCCUGUGGUUGUGCACAAGAGAUAGUAAAGGCUUGCUUUAGGAAGCUUCCUAUGGCCAAAUCUGCGAAGGUAGAAUAAUAAAAUGUUUCCUGAAGUGCGAGACGAGCCGUACUGUUGUGGAAUGUAGUGAUGGCAAGUGGGGCUUGAAAGAAAGUUGAAUUUCAAUUCUUCAAUGUAUUGAUAUCAAACGUCAGGAGCCAGUAGGAGGUUUGUAGUCCCCUCCAUUUGCUCAAAGUGGCGCGAUUAUGAAAUUUUUUAGAAGCACUUCUCUUGGGAAUUUCUCUUGCCAUGCUUCUGUUCUUGGCUAGACCACAAUAUCGUCAGUAAAAAAAUUUCUAGAUGUCAUGACUAUUAGUUCUAUUUUCUGUUGAUGCUAAAUACCUGUUGGAGAGAAAUAUUGUUAAUUUUAGGGUAAAUUAAAACCGGUUAAAUCACUCCUUUUGUGGGAUUUAUGCUUCUGUUCUGUGAAUUGUUAACUUUCUUUUUUUCACUCAAAUAACUAAGUGGUUCCAAUGUGUCUAGUCUGUGUUCUAUUGUUAGUUUCAUCAAGUUUGAUGCUGAUUGGUUAGUGCGCCGCUGUGAACAAGACGAUGUUAACACAAGCAUUCAAGGCACCAGUGGUGCAAACACCGUAAACCAACACUCAGUCUAGAAAAAUAUUUCAGGAAGAAAUGGGUUAGCAAUUAGACUUUCAGUUGAGCUAGUCUAUAAAGCAAUGCAUGUGCC